CUUAAGGAACCUGCACACGUGUACCACCAGCAGCAGCAGCUUCCCUUCCUACUAUCCGCUUAAGGCCCAGCUGUUGCAGAGGCUGGGAAAAGUGAGUCCAUUCAGUGGGGAAUCGCGUUGCUGGAAUCAGGAUCAGAGGCUGAGUUGAAGUUGCCCCUCCCCCAUGUCAACUGACGAACACCUGGACCCGAUUCCUGACAGCUUCAUCCUGCAGCCGCCGGUCUUCCACCCGGUGAUUCCUUAUGGCACAACAAUUUUUGGUGGCCUGUAUGCAGGCAAGAUGGUCACGCUGCAGGGUGUGGUCCCUCUGCAUGCACGGAGGUUUCAGGUGGACUUCCAGUGUGGGUGCUGCCUGCAUCCUCAGCCAGAUGUUGCCUUCCGCUUCAGCCCUCGAUUCUACACUGUCAAGCCCCAUGUCAUCUGCAACACCCACCAAGGUGGACUCUGGCAAAAAGAGAUCCGGUGGCCAGGGGUCGCCCUGCAGAGAGGGGCUAGCUUCCUCAUUCUCUUUCUCUUUGAGAACGAAGAGGUGAAGGUGAGUGUAAAUGGCCAGCACUUUCUUCACUACCGCUACCGGCUCCCACUGUCACGGGUGGAUACCCUUGACAUAUCUGGUGACAUCUUGGUAAAGGCUGUUGGAUUCCUGAACAUCAAUCCAUUUGUGGAGGGUAGCAGAGAGUAUCCAGUUGGAUAUCCCUUCCUGCUGUAUAGCCCCAGGCUGGAGGUGCCCUGCUCACGUGCUCUUCCUCGGGGUCUCUGGCCUGGGCAAGUCAUUGUAGUUCGAGGACUGGUCUUGAAAGAGCCGAAAGAUUUCACCCUGAGCCUGAAGGAUGGGGCCACCCAUGUUCCUGUGACACUCAGGGCUUCCUUCACAGACAGAACACUGGCCUGGGUCUCCUCCUGGGGACGAAAGAAGCUGAUCUCCGCCCCCUUCCUCUUUCACCCCCAGCGAUUCUUCGAGGUACUGCUUCUGUGCCAAGAGGGAGGGCUGAAGUUGGCACUCAAUGGGCAGGGGCUGGGGGCCACCAGUCUGGACCAGAAAGCCCUGGAGCAGCUGCGGGAGCUCAGGAUCAGUGGAAAUGUCCAUCUCUACUGUGUCCACUGCUAAGAAGGGCUCCAAGGGCACCCCCACCAGAGAAGAGGAGGGGCGGCUACAACCAAGGAUCCGCAGUUAUAGCCCCAUUCUCCUGUUCUCAAGGGAGAAGCUGACCUGGCAUCACUUUGUCAGACCGAGCUCACAUCUCAAAGGACACACACAUAUGCACGCAUGUGCGCGCGCACACACACAUUGCAUUUUAAUCUAUCAAUUCUGAAAAUAAGGGCCCAGGUCAAUGUGUCUCUGCAUCUAUCUUCCACAUUCAAAUUCUGUCUUGGUCUUCAUUCCAAUCCAGGCCUAGCCACUGAGAAGGCAAAUAGAGUGUGAACAAGAUGAACCCCAAAUCUGUGAUCCUCACACUCCAUCUACACUCACCUUUUCAUCUACACUCGUUUUAUCUACAGUCACUCACUAGUUUGUGAAGCCUUUGCCCAAAGUGAACAAAAUAUCACAGCUGCUUUCAUGGUUUUGGCCAAAGGGAACCAGCCACAUCCUAGGAAAACACGCUGAUUAUGGGACCUUUUGGUCACCCAACCAUGUAAACAACAAUAAUCUCUCAUAAGAUUAUAAUAUAGUCUGGGUGGGCCAGGGAUUAUUCAAUCUAUGUUUCUACAGCAUACCCUGCAAUAUCUAUGCGAUGGCCAAAUGGUCAAACAAUGCAUUUCCCAGAAUUUGUCCUUGUCAUGAAAUGAUACAUGACUGUAUCUAGCAGAGCAGGUAGACCAGGAAAAAGGGCGCUGUAGUGUUUGAUUUGAACUAUUCCUGGAAAUGAAGUCUGGGCUCACUUUAGAGUGGACUUAAGACCCUGUCUCCUGGGAAUGUUUCUGUAAUCCCACCUCCCUGCCCAGAGCUGUGCCCGGGUACACACUGUAGAAGAUACUGAUGAAGGAUUUGCUGUGUUCUAACGUUAUACUCUAAGCAACGAGCCGUUUUCUUCCCUUGUCCAUUUACCAAGAGUGAUCAUGUACCUUUCAUAAAGGAAAAAAAAAAACCCAAAUAAAUUUCCAAAGGGAAAGUUUUUACUGCAAAUAUAUGUCUUUAUUGUAAUCCAGGGAAACUAGAGGUCAGAAAAAGAGAUGGCUGAGAGGCAUCCCCUAGACACCAAAGCCCAGAAUUCUAGGAAGAAUCUAUGUCAAAGAGGAGAUGGCAGGUUGGUGGUUGAGGUUACUUAUUUAACCUUCUAAUGAAAUAAACUAUAUUGAGAGUCUCUAAUAUACUAUCUUAAAAUUUGGGGAAUAAAAUUUAUUUGGUGUUGAUUAAUCUUAAUAAAAAUACAGUGUACAUCUUAUCCACUGAUAUUAUGUAUCUUAUAUUAUGUUCAUAAAUUAAAUUGCCUUGUCAUUCUACUUA